AUGGGUGAUUCAGCUGGUAUGGGGCUCGACUCUGCAUCCUUGCCGGCUACUACACAGUAUGAGGCAUGCAAUAGGGAUGGUGGCAGCAGGUCACCUAAGGGGAUAUUUGCGGGGAAAAAUAUAGUCGUAUUGGGGUUCACGGACACUGGGAAAGAACGAGCUGUGGCUAUGCAGUUGAAGAAUCACGGAGCGAGUCUCGAGGCUUUAACUGGAUUUGGCACAAUUUUCAUUGUUGUUAACAGAUAA